AUGUCGUCCGGUCCGCCCAGAAUGCCCCGGACAGGCUCUACAUCCCCGAGCAAACUCGACUUACCCUCCGCAGUCACCUCACCUCUUACAAGAGCUUCUGUGAGACAUUUGCGCGAGGCUGUCUCCUCUCCUCUCUUCUUCUCCAACUCCCCCAUCCGUCAUACCAGCCGUCCAUCGAUGGACUUAACGUCCGAUCUUGCUGCGGGCAUGCUCUCACCCAUCGGUGAGAACUACCGCCAGGCCGUCACAACUCUCAAGCUUCCUCGAGCUAGCGCAAGUACCGUUAGCCCUACACAUUCUGGGAGUACUCCGGGCAGCUUGGCCUCUUCUAUCGAUGUUUCGGGUGGAUCCUCUACGAGUCCCGACAGCCUCGCAAUGCCUACCAACUUGCAGAUGAUUCGCUCCAUUGGCAUUCUAGAGCUUCUAGAAAAUGAUAUACGGCCUACUUUCAUGAUCGACCUCCAAAAUCCAUCCAAUACUACUCGACCUCACCUUGCUAUACAAUACUCUAAUCCUUCCCUUCGAGCCUGUUAUGAUAUACACCCUUUAAUAAACGCCGGCUUCGAGGACAACCCGACAACGACCGAAUUCAAUCACUUCAAAGAAUGGGCAUUGUGCUCAACUUCAUCACCAGAACAGCCGGAGCUCGGUUUUCCUUCCUGCGCAUAUGGUCGUAUCAACUGGACCAAGUCAACGGUCAGGCAACGAUUUCGCUUCAUCUCUGGCAGUAUCAAUCUUAGUGAAGCAUCCGAUCACUCUGAGCCUAGUACAACCGGCGCAGACGCUUCUGAAUCUUUUGACGAGGAUACCAUACCCAUUGAGCUCAAGGGACAGGCGGAAGCUGCACCAAUUGAUGCGGAGCCACUGGAUUACUUCGGCGACGCUGCCACUGAGACAUUGGACAACUGCCGCUCAAAUAGCUUUGAGCGAGCUCUGAUUGACCAGGCAAACAAUUUACAGCCUGGCCAUCCCGAUGAAUUUGCCAAUCAGGUGCUUCAGUCGAAAGAAUCAAGACCUUUUUUCGACUGGACCAGGAUACCAAUGAGCGACUCCCUACCCGAGCAUAUCAAGUUAGCAAAGACGAUUGACUGGGCUUCUACCCCGCUCGGUCCCAUUGAUGAAUGGUCCAAUGAGUUGAGAAUGCUCUCGAAUCUCGUCAUGGGUAGUCCACAUCCUGCCACAAUGUACUGGGGCCCCGAAUUUGUCUGCAUAUACAACGCCGCAUACGUUGAAAUUGCUGGCAAGAAGCACCCACGUAUCAUGGGAAUGAGGAAUUCGGAGGCCUGGCCAGAAGUGUUGGAUGAUGUCGAUUCUGUUUUCCGAAGUGCCUGGGAAUCGGGCCAAGCAACUAUGAGGCAUGACAACCACCUGUUCCUACGUCGGGAUGGCUACCUCGAAGAAACGUUCUUCUCAUGGUCUCUGGUGCCAAUAGUAGGGGGCUGUGGCCAGGUCGUCGGCUUAUACAGCUCCUCCUUCGAAAACACUCGUCGCAAAAUCAACGAAAGACGUAUGCUCACCCUGCGGGAGAUUGGCGAACACACAGCCGCGGCAACUACCCUCGAUGAAUUCUGGUCUUUGGUUCAAAAAGGACUUGAAUACAACGAAUUUGACGUUCCUUUCAACCUCAUCUAUUCCUCGUCAAAAGAUGAGGCGGAAAGCGAAAUCUCAUCUGUUCGCUCAUGGAGCCUGGGUUCUCCAGACCAAGUGACCCUUGAGGCCUCUUCCGGGGUUGCGGAGGGACAUGCUGCGGCACCGAAAACAAUCGAUUUGCGCACAUCUGAAGAAGGCUUUGCGCCUUACAUGAGACAGUCCAUUAGAAUGGGCGGUGUACCUGUCGUUUUAUCUCAAAAGGAUGGGACUCUUCCGGCAGAACUCAUUGAGGGUAUCCAGUGGCGUGGGUUCGGCGAGCCUUGCAGAUCAAUCGUCGUUCAUCCAAUCGUCUCUACCAGUGGUGGUGAAUCUAUUACCGACUUUUUGAUCAUCGGCGUGAACCCGAGGCGACCUUACGACGACGAAUACCAGCUGUUUUUUCAUUUGCUUGCAAGGCAACUCGCAACUUCGAUGGCUUCAGUUGUGCUCUUCGAAGAGGAAAUCAAGCGCGGCCAGAUGGCAGCGAGACUUGCUGCCGAGGAUCGACGAGAGCUCUCCAUGCAACUUCUUCUGCGAACCCAGGAAGCAAACGAAAGCGAACAUAGAUUUACGCGCAUGGCGGCCUAUGCACCAGUUGGUAUGUUCAUUGCAGACGCUGAAGGUAAAAUCAAUUACUGCAACGACAUGUGGUGGCAAAUCUCACGUCGCGCCCGCGAACAUCAUGUGGAGGAUGCAUGGAUGGACCUCGUUCACGAGAACGACAGAGAAGCCUUGAGAAGCGCCUGGAAAACCUUGGUCGACGAGAAAAAGACGGUUUCUGUGGAAUUUCGUUUCAAGACUUGUGAGCAGGAAAAUGACCACUCCAUGGAUACCUGGGUUUUGAUGAGUGCUUUUCCCGAGCAGAAUGCUGAUGGACUUCUCGCGUCCAUCUUUGGCUGCAUAACUGACAUUUCCUCUCAAAAAUGGGCCGAAAGAGUCCAGAAUGAGCGCCGAGAAGAAGCCGUUGAGCUCAAGCGGCAGCAGGAAAACUUUAUCGAUAUAACCAGCCAUGAGAUGCGCAAUCCACUGUCCGCCAUUCUGCAAUGUGCGGACCAGAUUGCGAAUAACAUCACUGCAUUCAACACGCGCAAUGCUGAGGGUGUGAAAUCACUUCUCGAAAGCUGCUUGGAUGCGGCUAACACCAUCAAUCUAUGCGCCAGCCACCAGAAGCGCAUUGUUGAUGACGUCUUGACCCUUUCUAAGCUAGACUCAAGCUUGCUCACUGUCACUCCUGUUGCAGAGCAGCCAGUGAGAGUUGUGCGCCGGACACUCAAGAUGUUUGAAGCUGAGCUAGCGGCUCACGAAAUCGAUUUCGACUUUACGGUUGAUGACAGCUUCGCAAGGCUCGGCAUCAAAUGGACGAAGCUGGACCCAUCACGUCUCCGGCAAGUGCUCAUCAAUUUGAUGACAAAUGCCAUCAAGUUCACACAAGGGCGCCAGCUCCGUCAAAUCAAGGUCAAUCUCAGUGCAUCACGCGAUAUUUCCGAGGUUGCCAAUGAGAAUACCUAUUUUCCCCGAAACGCCAACCAAAUAGGCGGCGGAAUCGAUAUCGAUAGCGAAGACGAUUGGGGCACUGGAGACAAGAUCAACAUUCACUGCAGCGUUGAGGACACUGGCCCUGGUCUCGCUGAGGAGGAGCUACAGGUUCUCUUCCAACGUUUCCAGCAAGCAACGCCAAGGACUCAUGUGCAGUACGGUGGCUCUGGUCUCGGUCUCUUCAUUUCGCGAAUCCUGACCGAGAUGCAAGGCGGUCAAAUCGGUGUCACUUCUACUGCUGGUCAAGGAAGCAAGUUUAGCUUCUACAUUCAAAGUCGCCAGUGUGCCGACGCAUCGGAGCCUUUUGAGCCUCUCUCAUGCUUCACCCUCUCUCGCCAGUGCCGCUUGCCGGCCGGCUCCGAGACUGCCACCCAAACCGAGUGUGCCGCCAACAGCCGGCAGACCACGUCCAAGCACCAAGGCGUGCCCAAAGGUCCGCGGCACGACGUGCUCAUUGUCGAGGACAACAUUGUCAACCAAAAGGUGCUGCAGCGCCAGCUCGUCAACUGCGGCAACAAGACGUUUGUCGCCAACCACGGGCAGGAAGCGCUCGAGACGCUGCAAAAAUCGCGCUUCUGGACUGGCAAUGAGAGCGACGGCGUCGACAUUUCGGUCAUUCUCAUGGACCUGGAGAUGCCUGUUAUGGACGGCGUGACGUGCGCACGCCGCAUCCGCGCGCUGGAGCGCGAGGGUACCAUCACCAAGCACAUUCCCAUUAUUGCCGUCACGGCGUAUGCGCGUCCCGAGCAGAUUGCCAACGCCAAGGCGGCGGGCAUCGACGACGUCAUAUCUAAGCCGUUUCGCAUUCCCGAACUGCUCCCGCGGAUUGACGAACUUGUCAAUCAGCAUAGCACACUGUCUGUCAAGGAGUGA